AUUAAGGCCUAGCGUAACCGUAUGGUAACACAAUUAUAGUCAUGUUUGAAUGCAUGCUAUUUUUAAACUUAUGGGAUUAUCCAGUUCCAACGUCGUUCAUAUCGUUGAUAAUGACCCGGUGAUUAAUUUUACACACAGAUAUCUUUAUUAUAUGUUGACAUUAAAUAUUUAUCAAGAAAUUCAAUUUAGUUUGAAAAUUAUUUCGUAGAACAUGGAUAUCAAUUUCGAAACUGGAUUUUCGCUGUCUGAGGCGUUAGACAUUUUGUACAAUGACAUAGAUGCAGACGAGAUAUAUAUCGAACCACCUGAACCAUGUGUACAAACUGAUGAAGAUUCCGGGGAUGAAAACAAUGGUGAAGUAGACAACUUAUCAGCACGCCAAUUACGAUCUAAAGCAGAAAUUAAAUUAGCCAAUAAUAAGAGGUACGGCGGUAUUGGUGAUGAUAAUAUUGGUCUAGAAAACAUUUUGAGCAGUAAAUCUGUGACAUCGAGUGAACAAUAUAAACACGUAAGCACGAAAAGUAUAGAUGAGUGGAUGAAAAAAAUAAAAACUGGUAAGAAAUCUUUUACGUGGAUAAAAGGGGGAGAUUUUGAAGAGCUUCAAAAGAACUUUCCUGAGCCUGAUUUUUCAAGUUACAAAAAACUUAUCUAUUGUAGACAUUUUUGA